AUGGAACACGUACUGUUUCAGGAGGCUAAAGCAGCAGAUAAAGAUAAGGAUAAGGACAAGGAUAAAGAUAAGGAUAAAGAUAAGGAAAAUAUGGAAAAGACAGGAAAGACUGAAAAGAAGGAUGAUGAAGACAAAGAGCGUGAAGAAAGAAGGAAACGUAGGCAGAAUAAGUUGGAAAAGCUCAAAAAGGAAAGAGAAUGCAUGGUUAAAGAAGCGCUUGAAAAAGGAAAUCUUCGACCUGCCGAUGAUAAUGAGACAAUUAACGAGUGCCAAAGCGAUUGGAAUGGACCAGUGGCAAAGAAAAAGACUUAA